AGGCAACGACUUCGGCAAAGGCAGAAAGCUUGGCCAAAAGGAAAGGUCAAACAAUCAGCAACAACAAACAGCAGGAAGAGAAGGGAAAAAAAGGAAGAAGGGCCACAGAGAGUGCCGCAAAAACAACAAAAUCAAGUUAAAGAGCAUAAAAAGCACUGUCGAAAAGAGAGGUUAAAAAAAUAUCAGCAAGGAAAGAAGGAUACAAAUCGGAAAGGGGAGAAGGAUAAGAAGCAAAGAAAAAAUAAUAAGAAGAAGAAGGUUCCCCGUGUGCACAGCAAAAAAAGCCUUGUCUUAUUUUUAGACUAUACACGUCGUCCCGCCAUCGAAAUUGUCGCCGUUGUCUCAGCCAGCUGCUGUGACGUCACAAGGGCAGGCUGCAAUCACGAGAACAGCAACAAAUACGCCACUAAUUACGGCACUUGGAGCCAUUUCGAGCAUAAAACCAAAAUUUAUGCUCUAUAUCGUCACCUGGAGAUCGGUGGCCCGCUCGAACAAGUGCAACAGCAACAGCAGCUGAGAGUCGGUCAAAGCCAAACACGCCGGCUGCGCUUCGAGAUGCUUUUCGCCGAGCCACCGCCCCCGCCCACUCAGGGCCACGCCCCCACCGCCCAUGCGCCAAAAGAUGAUGUACAGGAAGCGCCAUCUGGCGGGGAGCAGGUGAUCCCAAUGCUGCAGGAUCAGCAGAGCGGCGAACUUAUUGCAGGCACUGCCAGCAACGUUGAGCUAAUGGAGGCCAUGAAGAAACUGGACGCCGAUCUGGUGGCGCUUUUCGCCACCGCUGCCUCUGCGGAGCAGUUGAAGUUGAAGCAACAGCAGGUCCUGUGGCCGGAAACCGAAUCGGAGCAGAUUGCCCAGGAUUCGGAGGAUGAGCUGGUUAUCACGCCGGAGAUUUUCCGCAGCUGCAACGCUCUGCAGCUCCACUUGGAGGCACUCACUUUGCAGUCGGAGGGCACACAACGCAUGGAACUGGUUCAAAACGAAGUCCGACCCAUUUUCACCGUAGAAUGCCAAUUGUCCGGGGACUUGAUACGCAAGGUGCCGCGCUACCCGAUGUUCCACAUCAUGCAGUUCGAGUCGGAGAAGUUCCAGAGCCUGACGCAGUGCACCCGCUUUGGGCAGACGGCCCAGCGGCAGGUGAACAUGGAGGACAAGAACUUGGAGGAUCGGGACACAAGCGCCGGACAUGUAGACAUUACGGUGUGGUGGCGUGAACCGGGCACCUGUCUCAACGAAAUGCUCGGCAUGGGACGCCUUGAGCUGAGGGAGCUGUACAACGCCUCCCUUCUGGAGCAAUGCAAGUGCAUUGCCAUCAAGCGUCGCGAUGUCCAUUUGGGCAGCGUCUACGUGAAGAUCAGUCUGCUGCAGAACCUCAAUGGUAACCCGGAACAGCAGCAGCAGGAGAAGCAGCAACCGGGUCAAAAGAACGAAAGUGGAAACAAGGCAGCAGUUAACUGCAACUCGAAGGCCGUUUUAACGCCCCCUCAGCCGCCAGCCCCGCCUCCCCCUCCUCCGAAAGCCAACAACAACAACAGGAGCAUUUUGGAUUGCGUCAACUUCAUGGCGGAGACCAACAAAGUCCGUCUGCUCAGGGGCUAUCUGUAUGCCGGGGAGCUGCGUCAAUUAUCGGAUGAGAAUAAAACCGCCUGCAAGGAGUUAUCGCUCCAGCCUUUCUGGCAAUCCGAUAAAUUGCUGGUGAAGAUCACCGAUGGCGGAUCUUUCGAGCUGCAGGAGCAGUUUGCCAUCAUCAACGACGAGCGCUUCCUGCAGAGCGUCGAACGUCAACAGCUGAUCCUGGAACUGCGUCCUUUGGGUGGAGUAGUUCGGCUGCCUUUGCACCAGUUCUUCAUCGCCUACAGAGAUGCCAGCAUCACCAAUCACCUGUGCAAGGGAAAGCUACCAGUGAUUUCCAUUGAUGGCUGGGCUCCGAUUGUCAGUGGAGAUACCCAAUCGCCAUUGGGAGAGCUCAAGGUUCUCCUGGCCAUCGGCAGUGAGUCGCAGAUUGCCCAACUGAAGCAGCAACGCGGCUUCGACCAGGACAACAAUCAGUUGCCGGCUCCAAGUAGCACCUCAGACUUACUGGACAUGCUACAGAAUGCCAUAGCAGCUCCAACUCCAAGUAGCUCAACUCCGGUGAUGCCACCGCCACCAACUCCUCCGGCGCCCAGUAACUUCAGCUUUCAACUGCGCAUCGUGGGAGCUGCUGGAUUGCCCCUGAAUCCCGGCUAUGGAAAAUCAAAGAAGCAGGCAAAACGUCAGUCGGCCGCUAAGAGAUUCCCACCCAACGAACCGCCAAAUACCUAUGUGACCUUUCAGGCUCUCAAUUGCAAUAGUCAGACUUACAAGUCGCACGAGGGUUUGGUCUAUGCCACGCCGAUUGUGGCAAAAUCCACAAAGCCCCAGUGGCUCAGCAAGUUCCGGGUGGAAGUUAGCCGAGAUUAUCGCAGCAAUCCCCAGAAACUGUUUAUCCUGAAACUAUGGAAGAAGGCGAUUGUUAGUCCCAACGGCACUACUGAGCCCUCUCCCCAUGAAGAUGCCAUAAUAGGAUUCGCUGCCCUGAAUCUCAACCAGAAACAACCGGGCGGCGGCUUUCCCAGCGGUUGGCACAACAUAGUCGACUUCAAUGGCCGCGUGACUGGCGGGAUAGAAGCGCAUGUGGAGCCCAUACCAACAAGUGUGGAUAACGUAAUUGAUCAGUUCGAAAGAUCCAUGGAGCUAGGCCACUUGCAGUUGGGUCAGGCCAUAAAGAGAAAGUACACGGAACUGGAGGAGAUCUCGCAGAGAUUGCGAUCUCGUUUGGUUGAUGUGACGGGGGAAACGCUAAAGUUUCCCGAAUUCGAUGUGGACUCUGCUUUGGACAGUUGGCAGCAGGAAGGGGAUGAUGAUGAUCUGGCGGAGGACUUCGAACGCUCCUUGCGGACUCCCACGCCUCCCGGCUCACCAACGCCCUCCACCAGCAGCGCCGCACAAAAUCUCAGAAACUCUAAUGGCCAGGAAUAGCAAAGGGCCAAAAGUCAGUUAAUCGUGUUUUUUCCUCUCUUCACAUCUCGAUGUCGUCUCUGAUAUUGGCUCAAAUGGUAGCUGUAGUUAACCACCUAGCUAUAGACUAUAUAUAAUAUAAUACACGGAUCUUGAUCUGAUAUUAUGCUGUACUUAAAUUGGCAUCCCAAUUUUGCCUCGAUUCACCGUCUUAUGGCUGUCUAUAUAGCAUAAAAUCAAAGCUAACAACGAUCACCCAGCGAUCGUUCCAUUGAGUUAAAAAAAAUAAAUUGUCGAUUGAAUAUUGUUUUAAGUCACGAGAGGAUUUUCCCCCGCAACCACACGGAAUAUGUAUUAGUUUCGGAACUGUGUUAAUCACCUAAGUAUUUAGACACUAUUACUUAAACAAAUUUAAAUAAAAAUGCUAAAGCAAAAUUACCCCAA